GUCAAGGACUACGGCAGCGAGCAGCAGUGGAAGAGCAAGUCAAUGUCUGGUUACUUGACCCUUACUGCAUUCCAAAGUGGACGACUACGGCAGCGAGCAGCAGUGGAAGAGGAGGCGGCAGAUGGCUCUCAUGGAGAAGCGGAGAAACAGCCUGGAACCUUCCUUUGUUCAGUCACCUGGACUCAAAAGUCACCUGGAGUUGCCACUCAUUGGAUUGGUUUUCCGUUCCCCAACCACAUUCCCCUCCCUCUGCCACACAGGAAGCUCUCGCCCACCACUCCUUCGCCUCACACUCGCCCUUUGUGCAACGCUCCAUGGAGCGGUGGAGCUUUGAGGGCGUGGUUGUUCUUUCACUCAUUGGAUUCCUCGCCUUCCUUCGAUUCCACCCAUGCCCUUCCCCACCCUGAUUCCUCCCCCACGGCCACACAGGAAGCUCUUACCAACCAUUCGUUUACGUCGCACUCGCCCUUUGUGCAACGGUCCAUGCAGCAGUGGACGGGCGAGGGCGUGGGGUUCUCCCUCAUCGAAUCGGCUCUCGAGUUUGCAGUGCGGCGCGGCCCCCGGCUGCUGGCGCAGAUGCAGAAGGAAGGGGGAAGAGAGGGGGGGAGAGACUGGGGCAGAGAGGGGAAGGGGAGGUGGGAGGUGGUGAGGGAGAGAGAUGGGAUACAGGAGAGGGAGGAGGAGAGGAGGGAAGGGAAGCAGGACACAGCAGAGAGUGUGGGGAGCAAGGAUGCAGGCGCAAUACUGGUGUUUAUGACGGGGUGGGAUGAUAUUAUUGGCAUGCGGGACAGGCUGAGGGAGCAUCCGCUGCUGGGGGAUGAAAGCCGGGUGCUGCUGCUGACAUGCCACGGCAGCAUGCCCAUCGAAGAGCAGGUGCGUGUGAGAUGGGCUGAGAAGCUCAUAAUCACCCCACCACCCCCAGGGGUUACUAAAGUCAUUCUAGCCACCAACAUGGCAGAGACAUCCAUCACCAUCAACGACAAGCUCAUACUCAACCCCCCUCCUCCCGGCAUCACCACCAAGGUCAUCGUAGCCAUCAGCAUGGCGGAAACCUCCAUCACCAUCAACGACGCCGUCACACAUUCAUUCCCCUAUCUUCGCCCCUUUCCUCCCCUAUCCAACUUUCCCAAGCAGAAGCUAAUAUUCAACCCGCCACCCGCAGGGGUGACCAAGGUCAUUCUAGCAACCAACAUGGCGGAAACCUCCAUCACCAUCAACGACGUUGCCCUGGUCAUCGACACAGGAAAGGCCAAGGAAACUUCCUACGACGCAGUCAACAACGUGCCGUGUCUCCUCCCCCAGUGGGUCUCCAAGGCGUCUGUGAAGCAGAGGCGGGGGCGCGCGGGGAGAGUGCGGCCGGGCGUGUGUUUCCACCUGUAUCCGCGCCCGCUGUUUGCUGCUCUGCCGGACUAUGGCCAGCCGGAGCUGCUGAGGGCGCCGCUGCACUCGCUGUGCCUGCAGAUCAAGACUCUCGGCCUGGGGAACAUCGGGGAGUUCCUGGGGAAAGCCAUACAGCCGCCAGAGCCGCUAGCUGUGGACAAUGCCAUAGAGCUGCUGGAGGAUGUGGGGGCGCUGGACAAGGAUGAGAACCUCACACCGCUUGGCCAACUCAAUGUGCUACCCCCAUCCCAUCAUGCCAUGUAUCUCUCCUUUCCUCACCUUUCCUCUCCUCUCCUCUCCUCUCCUCUCCUCUCCUCUCCUCUCCUCUCCUCUCCUCUCCUCUUCUUAUCAUCUCCUCUCCUCACCUCACCUCACCUCUCCUCUCCUCUCCUCUCCUCUCCUCUCCUCUCCUCUCCUCUCCUUUUCGCUCCUCUCGUCUCCUCUCCUCUCCUCUCCACUUCUCUUGUUGCCUCUUAUCUCGUUUCCUCCCCUCUCCUCUCCUUUCCUCCUCUCCUCUCCUCUCCAUUCCUCUCCUCUCCUCUCCUCUCCUUUCCUCCUCUCCUCUCCUCUCCAUUCCUCUCCUCUCCUCUCCUCUCCUCUCCUCUCCUCUCCUCUCCCUUCCUCUCCUCUCCUCUCCUCUCCUCUCCUCUACUUCCCUCUCCUCCCUACAACUCGCGUCUCUCCCAACCCAACCUGCCUUUCUCUCCCCCUUCGCCAGGUCGGCACCUCACAGCACUGCCCCUGGAGCCACGGGUGGGGAAGAUGCUGGUGAUGGCGGCGGUGCUCUCAUGUGUCAACCCUGUGCUCACUGUAGGAGCCACUCUCAGUGAGAGAGAGCCGUGGGUGCGACCAGCUGAUAAGCGAGAGGUGGCUGAUUCAGUGCGCCUGCGCUUUGCAGGGGACGACUGCAGCGACCACUUCGCGGCAGUGAGGGCGUUCGAGGGGUGGGUGACGGCUCUGGGAUCAGCAACCAGCCGCAGCGAUGGAUACAGCGCUGCCAGGGCGUACUGCUACGACCACUUCCUAUCGCACCCCACCAUGCAGGCACGUGGUGGUGCAAUAGCAGGGCUGAGGCGGCAGCUGCUGGGGACACUUGGCGAGCUGGGAUUGGUGGACGUGCAGCAAGGCAUGGAUGAGGCCAACAGCAGGAGCAACGACCCCGAGUUCGUGCGAGCGGCGCUGCUGGCUGGUCUUAUGAGUGAGGCCAACAGCAGGAGCAACGACCCCGAGUUCGUUCGAGCGGCGCAGCUGGCUGGACUGGCAUCGGCAGUGAAACGGACGCGCAGCACAACGUACAAGACGGAGGAGGAUGGGGAGGUGAACAUCCACCAGGUGCGUAUUAAUGUGGUGAAUGGAGAAGAGGGGGGGACAACGAAGGGGGAAGGAGGGGAAGGGGAGGUGUUAGGGGGGGACAACGAAGGGGGAAGGAGGGGAAGGGGAGGUGUUGUGAGCAGCACAACGUACAAGACGGAGGAGGAUGGGGAGGUGAACAUCCACCAGUCCUCGGUCAAUGCUGGUCUCACGCGUUUCCCCUACCCCUGGCUGGUCUUCAACGAGAAGUGUGGCGUGGUGUGGCGUGGUGUGGCAUGGAAUGGUGUGGCAUGGGAUGGUGUGGCAUGGGAUGGUGUGGCAUGGGAUGGUGUGGCAUGGGAUGGUGUGGCAUGGGAUGGUGUGGCAUGGGAUGGUGUGGCAUGGGAUGGUGUGGCAUGGGAUGGUGUGGCAUGGGAUGGUGUGGCAUGGGAUGGUGUGGCAUGGGAUGGUGUGGCAUGGGAUGGUGUGGCAUGGGAUGGUGUGACAUGGGAUGGUGUGGCAUGGGAUGGUGUUGCACGGCUUGGGCCGCUCACCCCCACCACCGACCCUGGGUAUCUUCACAUGCUGGAUGGCUACUUUGAGUUCUUCAUGCCGCCCGCCGCCGCCCGCUCCGUGCUCGCCUUGCGGUCUGAACUUGACGCGCUGAUUCAACGCAAGCUGGGGAACCCUCGCCUUCCCUUAACAGCAGAAGACGAGGCCAUUCUGGGAGCCGUCUCGGACCUUCCCCAGUGCGAGCAGUCACAAGGCACCUUCACCAUCGGCCUCCAGCCAAAUCAUCAGUCGUGCUUUUUCUUUCUUCGCUUUUCCCUUUUCACCACCCCAACGCAGCUGGAGAACCCUCGCCUCCCCUUAACGCCAGAAGAUGAAGCUAUUCUGGGAGCUGUUUCUGACCUGCUGCAGUGCGAGCAGUCACAAGGCACCUUCACCAUCGGCCUGCAGCCAAAGCUCGCCCCUCCCAAGCCAGCCAAACCCGUGCGGGCGAAAGCAGUGGACAUGAAACUGGAAGUGGGGAAGGAUUUCAAGUCGUACGUUCACAACAACUGCAAGAUCCAUUUCCUGGGCAAACCUCGGUACUACACGGAUCAGAUCGGGACGAAAAAGGAGAAGGUGUAUCAAUGCACGAUGCGGCUUGGCGGGGCUGCGGCAGGGAUUGAUUUUGUCGGCGAGCCUGCUUCUACGAAGAAAGUUGCCGAGUGGAACGCGGCUGUGGAGGCGUGGCAGUGGAUUCUGGAGUAUAAGAAGGUGGAGAGGAAGGAGAAGGAGAAGAAGGAGGAGGUGAAGAAGGCUGGGAGGAAGGAGAGAAAGGAAAUUAGGAAGGCGAAUCAUAAGAUGGAGGAGAGGUGGGAGUUUUGGAGGAAGAAGUAUGAAGAGGAGGAGGCAGCUGCUAGAGCUGCAAAACGGAAGGAGAAGGGAGGAGGGAGUGGGGGGGGUGUAGGGGUGGGCGAGGGAGAGGCGAUGGGUGAAAAGAUGGUGGAGGAAAGCGGGAAAGGUGUGGAAGAGAAGGGAGGUAAGUCGCGGGGGCGCAGAAAGGGGGGAAAUGCUACGAAAAGGGAGCAGAAGGAGGGGGAAAGUGAGGGGAAGGGGAAGCAGGAGCUUCUUCCGUUGAGUCAAGCAACCAAGGGAGCUAGGAGGGUGGCAGUGAAACGGAGAGGGAAGAAAAGAGCAGGAGGAGCAGAGGAGGGGGUUGAUGCAGCAGGGGUAGCAGGAGAGGGAGUGGUGGAUGGGGAUGGUGCAAAUGAGUGGGCUGAUAUGGCCAGUGGAGGGGAUGAGGAGGAGAGGGGAGGGAAACGUAAGAAGAAAAGCAAAGGUAAGGGAAAAAACACGUUAGAGGUUGUGCUUUCUGGCGAUGAUGAUGUUUCCGAAAUGUCUCAAAACAGGAAGGGCAAGGUGAAGGGUAAAAGCACCUUGGAGGUGGUACUUCCUAGUGAUGAUGAUGGUAUGCAAGGAAGGGUAGGGCAGAAACGAGGUAGGAAGCGGGCUGCGGAGUAG